AUGAGUAAGCAGCAAGAUCACAAUCUCUCGCCUGAGGAGCUCGAGCAGCGCCUUAAGGAGAAGAAAUGGGAGACCGUGCAGAUCAAGGGUCUGAGUGCGUGGAUUAACACGUACCUCGCGAGGGCCUCAAUUCCGCCCAUCACCACACUGCCGGACGACAUCACUGAUGGCGUCAGGCUCCUCCAAUUUCUGGAGUUGGUCACCGAGAAGCCCGUCGGUCCCUUCAAGAAGGAACCCACCAACCGCAUUCAGAAUAUUGAAAACUGCUCCAAGGCCAUUAAGUUCAUCAGCAACGAUCUCCAGAUUAGGCUGGUCGGUAUUGGCGCUGAAGAUUUGGCGGAUGGCAACUUGAUGCUCGUGUUGGGUCUGCUGUGGAGUAGCUUCCGCAAGCUUUCUCUGGGCAGCAUUGGCGACAGCCUGGAGCAAGCCGAGGGCAAGGCCGGCGCGAAGAAGGGCAAGCCCGAGGACGACCUCCUGAAGUGGAUUGGAGAGCUCACCAAGGACUAUGACGUGCCCGUUACCUCCUUCAAGGAAAGCUUCAACAACGGCAUGGCGUGGGCUGCGCUCAUUGAUCGCUUCGAUCCCGACUUCCUGGACAUUGCCGCUGCCAGCAGGAUGAACACCGAGGACAGGCUCAACCUCAUCUUCGACGUGGCUGAGAAGAAGCUGGGCAUUCCUAAGCUUCUCGAGGUGUCCGAUCUGAUGUCAGGCAACCCCGACGAGAGGUCCGUCGUUCUGUACUCCUCGCUCUUUUACCACUCGUGGACCUCGAACCAGGAGCGCAUCAAGCUCGCCAACGAGAAGCGUGGUAAGGAGAACAAGAUGUCCGACAUGAAGGCCAAGCUCGCCGCGGAGGAGGAGGAGAGGCUGAGACUCCAGAGGGAGACCGCCGAGCUGAACGAGCUGAAGGGCCAGAAGGACAAGGAGCUGGAGGCCACCGAGACGAAGAUCAAGAGCCUCGAGGAGCUCUACGCCGACUUGCAGGAGCAGAAGAGGAGCCUGGAGGCCCAGAUUCUCGCCGAGCAGGAGGCGGCCAGCGCGAGGGCGAAGGAGGAGCAGGAAACGCUCAAGGCACAGAUCGCGAAGGUCUCCGAUGAGGUCCAGCAAGACCUCAAGGCCAAGCUCGCUGCCGAGGAGGCUGCCAAGAACGAGCGCAUCAAGGAGAACCUCAACCUUCUCGCCGGCAAGCACGAGCUCAUCGACGCGAUGCAAGAGGGCGGUAUGUCCUGGCUCCCACAAGGCCCCACCGCUCUGCUCAACGCUGGCAUCAUGGGCUCCACGCCCAGCCUGAGCCGGUUCAACGCGCUGCUCCGGGAGCAUGUCAACGCCCUCCACCUCCGCCUGAAGGAAAUGCAGGAGCAGGAGGAAGAGGAAACCGAAAAGAAGAACAUCGAAGAGGACAGGCGCUCCCUCGCCGAGCAGGUGCAGAGCAUCGUCAACGAAACCGUCGACAAGGACAUGGCCGAGGCCGUCGAGAUCCUGGGCAAGCAGUUCAAGGGCACCAACCAAACCAUGCUGCGUAUCCUCUCCGUCAAGGAUGCCGUGAACGAGCUCCACGAGGUGGUGGACAAGCGAGGCUACCUGAUGGCGCAGGUGGAGGGCAAGCGCUGGAAGAAGAGGUGGUUCGUGCUCCGAGGGUUCACCCUAUACUACUACAACAAGAAGGAGGAGCAGGACGACAUCGCCGGUGCCGAGGGCGAGGUGUCCCUGGAGAACGCCGUCGUUUCGGGCCACGACGAUGCCGACAGCAAGCCGGCGUGGACCAUCAAGAUCGCCGUUUCCGAAGAGAAUGGCGACCACACCGACAGGGAGGAGCUGAUCGUCGGUGCCAAGACCAUGGAGGAGCGCAACGACUGGCUGACCCUGAUGCAGGGCAAGGUCCUCUACCUGCAGUAUCUCGCCCUCUGCAGGAAGGAGCAGAUCAGGCCCGACCCCCGCGUCAUUUCCCUCUGCGGAAGCAUGAGCAUUUCCGUGCUCAACCUGGACGACCUCCACAUCUCCACUGGCCUGCUCAAGAUCCUCCGCACCCUCUUCGAGAACCACAAGGAGGUGGAGCGUGUUUCGCUCUCGGGCACCGAUUUGGACGACGAGAAGACCGCGCACGUGGCCAAGUUCCUUACGGCUGUUCCCGGCCUGGUCUCGCUCAACCUGUCCAACAACAGAAUCGGCUCCAAGGGCGUGAGCAAGCUGGCCGAGACCCUCUCGACCCACAAGCACAUCAAGGUGCUCAACCUUGCCAGGAACGAGAUCGACGAUGAGGGCUUCCAGCGAUUGGCUGCCGUCUUCAAGCACAACGUCGACCUGGAGCAGGUCACCCUCACCCGAAACAAGAUCACCGGCGCCUCUGGCUCUUUCACGGAGGCUGCUCAGGCUUUCUCCUCGCUGGAGAAGCUCUCGAGGCUGUCGCUCAACCGUAACCAGCUGGGCGACGAAGCCGCCUUCGAGCUGGCCAAGGUGUUCCAGACCCACCCCUCGCUCGUUGUCGUCAAGCUGCAGAACAACAAGAUCGGAACCGCUGGCGCCGCGGCCAUCUUCGACGCCCUCAAGGCCAACACGUCGGUCACCCAGGUCAGCCUUAGCUACAACCUCAUCGGCAACGAUGCCCUCAGCAACCUCAAGGAGCUCUUCACCGAGAACCAGGUCAUCCGCUCCGUGGAGCUGUCCGGCAACAGGGGCAUCACCGGCGGGCCGCAGCUGAAGGCCCUCGCGGAGGUCCACGACCUCGACAUCCCUCAGUUCUCCGCCCAGAAGGUCUAA